GGUCUGUCCUGAGAACUUCGCAACAUCCUCUGAAUCCCAUCUUCCAGGCGAUCGGUCCAUGAUGGAUUCUCCCGACCUCAUCAGAAUCAUUAGGCAUUAGUUUCAACGAUCGGUCGUUCCUGUCAGGUGAAAUCUAGGGUCCUUGUUCUAGUUAGGAGGUUCAGGAGGCUGCAUUAUAGUGUCGUGGUGACUAAGUGCAGGGAGGCCGGGAAAGCCUCCGACAGACUCUGAAAUCCGGCAGCUGUUCAAUCAGCUCGGAGAAAGAACACACACUGAAAUAGGCAAGAGUGCUCGGCUAGGAAUAAGCAUAUUUCUUCACCAAACAACCUGCUCUGGCAGCCAUGUCGAUCUCAGAGGAGCUAGCGUCGUCGCUGGGAGUGGCUCCUUCCCUGAUCACCCUCUUGCUCUGCCUCUUCUCGUCCGUCCCCGCGGCUUUAGUCGUUCGCUUCUUCUCGGGACCAUCUCUGAAGCAUCUCUACAGCAUUGCUGCUGGAGGAGCUCUCUGCUGGGUGGCGUACGGCGGCCUUCAUGCGAGCCUCAACUUCUGGGGCCUCACGCUCGCGUCCUACGCGAUCAUGCUCGCUCUUCCUCGCAAGUGGAGCGGCUACGGCGUUCUCUUCGGCUCCUUCACCUACCUCACCUACUGCCACAUCAGCAAUCUGGGGGCGGACGUAUGGAGGCAGGGAGGCGUCGACUUUACGGGCACGCUCAUGGUGUUCACGCUGAAGAUCGCAGGCUGCGCCAUGGACUACCAGGAUGGCGCCCUUCGUGAUGAUAAGGCGCAGCAUCGCAUGUACGCCAACAGGCUGCAGGGCCUGCCGUCCCUGCUGGAGUUCGUUUCCUUCGUGUUCUUCCCAGGCGCCGUGCUGGUGGGGCCUGUUUUCAACUUCAAACAGUACCAGGCGUACGCUGCCGGGCAAGGGCUCUGGUCCCCCUCUGGCGGCAUCACGUCAAAGGGGGCAGCACAGAACGGCAGUGCGAGCAGGCAAGGGGAGGAGGGGCAGCAGCUGUUGGCCAAUGGAAACGGGGAGGCCGACAAGGCGCAGGGCAAACCCCAGGUGGCUCGGCCGAUGCCGGAGCCGCUGCCAUAUGCGGCUCGAUCGCUGGGGAAAGCGAUUAUCUGCCUGGCGCUGCACCACUUUCUCUCGCAGUACUUCGGCCCUGCCAUGCUCUUCAAGCCGGGCUUCCUUGACUUUAGCUUUGCGCACAAGUGGGGCUAUCUGGUGAUGGCGGGGAUCUGCUACCGCUCCUCCUACUACUUCAUCUGGAGUGUGGCAGAGGCCGCAGUGAUUCUCUCUGGCUUUGGCUUCUCUGGCUGGAGCGACACCUUCCCCUCUCGCCCGGACUGGAGCCGUGCCGAGAACGCGCACUUCAUCAAGGUCGAGAUCACGACCAGCAUGGCGCAGAUGCCCGCGUACUGGAACAUGGGGGUUGGCACCUGGCUCCGAACAUACGUGUAUGACCGCGUCACCCCUCGCUCCGGCAAGCCCACCAUGUGGACGCUCAUCCUCACUCAAGUCGUCUCCGCCCUCUGGCAUGGUUUGCACCCCGGCUACUACCUCUUCUUUGUCAACGCUGCCAUCGGCCAGCACACCUCCAAGCAGGCCUUCCGCCACACGGCAGCGGCCUUCCCCAAGCCAUCAGCAGCAGUGCAGCUCACCAUCGACGUGCUUCAGGCAGCAUUCAAGCAGCUCAUUGUGGGCUGUGCCAUGGCUGGCUUCCUGGUGCUCCAAGCCGGCCAGACAAUAGUAGUGUGGCGAUCACUUUUCUUCAUGGGUACAAUCGUACCCGUUUUACUCAAUGUGCUGCUCUCAGUCAUGCCCACUCGCUCUCGGCGGCACAAGAAGGCCGAGUGAUUGUCAAAAUGGUAUUAUCCUCCAAUUCAAGUGUGCUGCAAUCAGCACUGCCCAUUCGCUCACGACGGUGCAGGGAGGCCGAGCAAUUCAAGAGCACACACACCAGGUGUAAACAUUUUGCUCAACGUAUUUCUCGUUCACGCUCAUUUUCUAGGUAACCGCUCCGUGCCCCUCUGCUGGUCGUUAGUUAGGGUGAUUCUGAGUGGUACAUGUAUUUGGACAGAUGGAACCUUAACGUGGUGACCAGGGCCUCAGAAGUCAGGCCAAAAAGGCCUGGAAGCCUGUAUAUCAGGGUGUUUUCUAGGGCAUACCCUGAUUUUUCAGGUUUUGAUUUUUAUCAAACCUGAAAUUUAUGUGUUCCCAUUUUCUAAGGCCUGAAAAAUAGUAU